GGGAAGGGAAGUGGCGGAGCCAGAGGCCCCACUGCAGCCGAGGACUGAGCCCGCCACGCAGGCGCCCGAACUCCCGCCGCCAUUGUUGUACGGGGCCUCCCGGCCUCUCUGGCUGCAUGUCCGCCGGAUCCCAACGACAGAUUCAAUGUCUUUGUGGCUCUAACAUGAGACUUCAAGCAGUUGUCUCACUACUAGAGAAAUAAAAGAUAUUCAUUGCCAGAUUGAAGCACCUGUCCGUAACAAUGUCAGCCCCAAGCAAAAGGAUGACCAGUUCUUCACACUCCCAAAUCUUCCGAAUGUGGAAGCCAGACAAGACUCAGAGUGGACCCCACAAUGUUGAAAAAGAAACCCUUGCUUCAAGACUCUUGCGUGACACUGAGACCUGUCGACAGAAUUUUAGGAAUUUUUCAUACCCAGACCUGGAAGGUCCUCGAAAAGCAUUGAAUCAACUCCGAGACCUCUGCAUUAAGUGGCUGAGACCUGAGAUUCACUCAAAGGAACAAAUCCUGGAGCUCCUGGUGCUGGAGCAAUUCCUGACCAUCCUACCUGGAGAAGUUAGGACUUGGGUGAAGUCUCAGUACCCAGAGAGCAGUGAGGAAGCAGUGACUCUGGUGGAGGAUUUGACUCAGAUUCUAGAAGAGGAAGCUGCUCCUCAGAACUCUGCCCUUUCCCAAGAGACCCCAGAGGAAGACCCCAAAGGAAGACAUACUUUCCGGGCAGGGUGGCUAAAUGACUUGGUAACCAAAGAAUCAAUGACAUUCAAAGAUGUGGCUGUGGAUAUCACCCAGGAGGACUGGGAGCUGAUGCGUCCUGUACAGAAGGAAUUGUACAAGACUGUGACAUUACAGAACUAUUGGAACAUGGUUUCUCUAGGACUUACAGUGUACAGACCAACUGUGAUUCCCAUAUUGGAAGAACCAUGGAUGGUGAUAAAAGAAAUCUUAGAAGGCCCUAGUCCAGAAUGGGAAACAAAAGCCCAAGAUAGUAAUCCAGUUAAAAAUGUUUCCAAACUCACAACGGAUGGAACCCAGACUGUCAAAUUGGAAGAACCAUAUGACUAUGAAGAUAAAUUAGAGAGGCAGGCAACAGAUACCUUCAGGAAAAUUCCCACUGAUGAAAGCGAUUUCAGUUUGAAGACAGUUUUUUCACAAGAAGAUGAUUGUACAGAAGAUUAUCUUCGUAAAUAUGAUAUAUAUGGAAAUAAUUUUGGAAAGCAUUCAAACCUAAUUAAACAGUUUGAUACCCAAUUAGAUAAUAAAGCUUCGAUAUAUAAUGAAGGUAGGGCAGCCUUCAGUCAUGUCUCAUAUGGUAUUGUACAUAGGAAAAUUCAUCCUGGAGAGAAGCCUUAUAAAUGUAAUGUGUGUGGGAAAAAGUUUAGGAAAAACCCAUCCCUCAUGAAACACCAAAGUACCCAUACCAAAGAGAAAUCUUAUGAAUGUGAAGAAUAUAUUGCACACCAGAGAAUGCAUACUGGAGAAAAACCAUAUGAAUGCCACCAGUGUGGUAAAGCCUUCAGCCAGCGAGCACACCUUACUAUACAUCAGAGGAUUCAUACAGGAGAGAAACCUUAUAAGUGUGAUGACUGUGGAAAAGACUUUAGUCAGCGUGCACACCUUACUAUACAUCAAAGGACACAUACUGGAGAGAAACCAUACAAAUGCUUGGAAUGUGGUAAAACCUUCAGCCACAGUUCAUCACUGAUAAAUCAUCAGAGAGUUCAUACUGGAGAAAAACCUUAUAUAUGCAACGAGUGUGGGAAAACUUUCAGUCAGAGUACACACCUUCUUCAACAUCAAAAAAUACAUACUGGAAAGAAACCAUAUAAAUGCAAUGAGUGUUGGAAAGUAUUUAGUCAGAGUACUUACCUUAUUCGACAUCAGAGAAUUCAUUCUGGAGAGAAGUGUUAUAAAUGUAAUGAAUGUGGAAAAGCCUUUGCUCAUUCCUCAACUCUUAUUCAACAUCAAACUACUCACACUGGAGAGAAAUCCUAUAUAUGUAAUAUAUGUGGGAAAGCCUUCAGCCAGAGUGCAAACCUUACUCAACAUCACAGAACACAUACUGGAGAGAAACCAUAUAAAUGCAGCGUGUGUGGGAAAGCAUUCAGCCAGAGUGUACACCUUACUCAACAUCAGAGGAUUCAUAAUGGAGAAAAACCCUUUAAAUGCACCAUAUGUGGGAAAGCAUAUAGACAGGGUGCAAAUCUUACUCAGCAUCAAAGGAUUCAUACUGGAGAGAAACCCUAUAAAUGUAAUGAAUGUGGGAAAGCUUUUAUUUAUUCCUCAUCACUUAAUCAACAUCAGAGAACGCAUACUGGAGAAAGACCCUAUAAAUGCAAUGAAUGUGAUAAAGAUUUUAGCCAGAGAACAUGCCUUAUACAACACCAGAGAAUUCAUACAGGAGAGAAGCCCUAUGCAUGCCGUAUAUGUGGUAAAACCUUCACCCAGAGUACAAACCUUAUUCAGCAUCAGCGUGUUCAUACAGGUGCCAAACAUCGUAAUUAAUGAAUGUGGGAGACUUCAUUUAGGUAUUACGACUUAAUCAUUUAAGUUUUAUCUUGUACUCUGUGUUAAAACAUUAUUCAAAAGAAGUGCAAUAUAUGUUUGAUAUCACUGAACAGAAGUAUCAAAAUUAGUAAUGUGGAUAUAACCUAUUUAAAUUUAAUAUGAAAUUUAAGAAAGAAACUUCAUUAUUAAUUCACAACAGUUUAAUUCAUUCCAGAAAGAUUCCUGUGAAAGUAAAAGUACUCAGAAACCUGUAACUCAACAACUCUUAAGUCUAUUUCAAGUACUUCUCAAUGAGGCCUUAUGAAUGUAACUUGGGAAAGCUUCCAUCAAGUAAGAGAUUUCACACUAGAGAAUAAUAGAAAAGCUGCUUUCAGGCCUUUAGUUCUUCCUAACUUUGAAGCCUUAAAUAAGUAAAGGGUUCCUUCCCCUUUUUUACUUCCCUUUUCCUGUUAUGCCAUAACUGCCAUGUGGAGCCAGUAGGUUUGAAAAAAAUUAUAAGUAUCUUAAAGAUUUGUGUGGCCACUAUUUAAUUAUAUUUUCCUUUAAAUACUGAAAUUUUAAAAGAAGAGAACUUGAAUGAAAGAUGAUCUAUUAGGAUAGAAAAACUAAUGUUCUGUAUUAACUCUUAGACAUGUGUACAAAUUGAGUUAAACAGGCCAAAAUUAAACACCCAAGCUUAAAUUAAUCUUUAAGACUGCCUUAGUUUCACUAGGUUUUGACAUUGGUCAUCCUGAUGGAAGAAAUCAGAAUACGGUUCCCAGUUUUUUCACCUGACUCCUAACUUGUGGUUCAUAACUUGUGAUUCUCCUGUAGCUUUUACUUUAGGAAGUCCAUUUCUUCCAUUGAAACACAUGUUUCUUGAGUGCCUAAUGUGCUGAGGGCCCAAACUUACUAAUUGGAUCCUUUCAGGGCUUCCUAUAGUGCUGCAAAUUGCAGCUGAAUUAAGCAACAGAACAUUUUCUAAAGCAAUGAAAGAUGAAGUAAGGACAUGAGCUCAACUAGUAUGUCAUGGAAUGAGCAUAAGAGACCUAAAAUGGAUUGCCAAAUGUGACCCUGUAUCCUAAGACGAGUAACAAAAAGCAGCUAUUUAAAUAGUGUGAGAAAAAUGAAAAUAGAGUCCAGUGCAGAAAGUGGGUUAGGGGGGAAAAAAUGAAGACAUAACUAUAGUAAGGAAAGAAUAUGUAGGUAACUUAUAACGUGAAAUGUUACUGGACUUGGUUUACCUAAUAGGAGUGACUAAUUGAAUAAGAUGUAAUUCAGCCUGUUUCUAAGAAACGAAAAAUGAAAUGACUGAUUUUAAAGGAAUAAUUGGAAUUGUUACUCUUUCAUAGAUAUAAGUAAAAUGGAGUUUAUUUUUAAAAUAUUCAAAAAAAGUUUCAUUGGAAAAAGCAUUGAUGCAAUAAUUGUUAAACGGUAGUAACUGUUGUCCUAAACAACAUAAAAGGAAAACUGGUAGAAAUGCAAAUAGAAAUAGGUUAAAAAAAUAUUUUGCAUUUAAUAUCCACAGCAUUCCACUAUCAGAAUAUAAGACCAUAUUCUGAGAGCUGAGAUUUCACCUUGCUCUUAUUUCUUCAGUGCCUUGCAUAUAGUAGGUGGUUAAUAUAUGUUUGUUGCAUUAAUGGAUAGAUAAGUUGGGUAAUAAGGUAGAAUUAAAUGAUAUGGAGUGAAAUUGGUAAGAGUUUUUUGUGUAUAUGGGCAAAGAAAUAUUUAACAAAUACUGGUCAUUUGGUAAAAACAACUACUUAAAAAUGAAGAAUCAGAAUCCCCAAAACUUAACAAUGGGGAUAUUCCUAAGAAAUCGUGGGACAUCUUUGCACAAGAAGUUUUCCUGAGCUAGAUGAGGAAAAACAUAAAUUCUGGCGCCAUAAAUAGAAAUUUAAGCAUGUAAUGACUACGUGGCUUCAUUUGGACCUGACUGUUUAUACAAACAUCCUACAAACAGGUUCCAAAGGAAAGACAUCUUCAAGGCUUUCUUAUUGAGUGUUUUCUUCAAGAAGCUGUUUUCCCUUGUCCUCACAUUCAUUAACCUUGAUGUCAUAGAAUUACCCUUCACAAAGUGCAGAUUGUCUCCAGGUUGCAUAAUACUCAAAUUAUGCUUAUGCCAUAGUUAUCAGGUUAAAAAAUAACCACUGUACUUACGAUGCAAUUUUUAUAAUGCCACUUCAUACCUUACACAACACUUUUCUCCUGGAAUGAGUGUGUGGAGUAUUAUAGUCUAUAGCGCCUUUCUUUACAUUAAUUUGUAUUUCCUGCCUUUAUGUGUUUUAUGUAAAUAAUGCAUUUAUAAGGUCUUCCACUGAUACACUGAAGUUAUUGAUACUCUUAUAAAAUGACAGAAUUAUAAUGGAAAA